AUUUUCUCUAUAGUUAGAUAAAAUGGCGUCCGGGCUGAGAUUUUACAAGAAAAUUAGUGAACUUCAAGAAGAAAUCAAUAAAAGAAGUGAUAUUGCUAAAUUGUUUAAACGUGAACACUUUAUAGCUGCACGUAAAAUUCAGGCAUGGUUUCGUGGCAUUAUAACAAGAAAACAUUUAUUUAUACUUCAUAAAGAAGCAAUAAUUAUUCAGUCUAAUUGGCGUGGUUACUAUGUAAGAAAUAAUUUAAACACAAUUUUAAUUAAUAAAGCACAUCAAAUGUGGGAAGAUUAUUAUAACUGUAUGGCAAUAAGAAUCCAAGCAAUAUGGCGUGGUUAUUGGAUUAGGAAAACUACUUUAAAUUUGCAAGAAAGAUGGAGAUGGUUAAAUAAUAUAUAUGCAAAGAAUGAAGAGAUCGUAGAAAUCAUGCAAAAGUUUGUAACAAUAUUUUUAUAAAUCAUAUUAGCAUUUAAUUCAUUAUUCUAUUCACAGAUUCAAAGAAAGCGAGAUUAAUUAUUGCAGAGAUAUUGUAGAACAUGAAUCAUUAUUAUGGAUUUUAUUUAUACUUUUUAAGGUAUUAUUUAAUAUUAGAGAGAGAUUCAAUAUUGUUAAA